GCUGUGUCACAACAGAUUGUUUAUUAUUUUUGUUAUUGGUGUUUAUAACCUGUUCCUAUGGGAUAUCCAGUUGAAUAUAUAAGAAUAUUUAGAAUGUUAUAUCUUUAAGUUUCUAAAGAGUACAAUUAUCUUAUGAUGUCAGAGAGAAGGGUAACUGUUUUUAAAAAUGGAACAUGUACUGAUGGCAAGGUAUUUGUAGUUCCAAAGAAAAGGUUGGAGCUGUGCAUGAAGGUGUUUGAGGCCUUCAAAUGUAGUUCUGUUAAUGAUAUGAAGAUAUUCAAUGAAGCAGGUUCAGAAAUUAUGGAUUUGGAGGCAAUUCGGGAUAAUGAGGCUGUGUACUUUGAUGGUGACAUGGAUGCAAAGUUCAAACCAAUCAACUCUGAUUGGGUCACCUUGAAUGUUGGUGGUAAAGUAUUUAUGUUAACACAGAGCACCCUGACUGCUGAGCAAGGCUCUAUGCUUGCAAGAAUGUUUGCCAAGAGGAGCUCCACUGGGUGUCAAUUCAUUCCAAGCAGAACAGAUGCGAAUGGGGCUUAUCUCAUUGACAGAAAUCCGACGUACUUUGAACCAAUAUUGAAUUUCCUUAGAACUGGCAAACUGAUUUAUGACCACCAUGUCAAUCCUAAGGGCAUUUUGGAGGAGGCGAUUUUCUUUGGAAUCGAUUCGAUUGUGCCCACCUUGGAGCAGAUGAUCCAACGCGUCGAAAUCGAUCGUGAUGAUACGCCUCUGACUAGACGAGACGUAAUUCUCUCGUUAACAACGUGCGCCACAAAAACGGAACUUCGUUUUCAGGGGGUCAAUUUGGCCGGCGCUGAUUUGAGCCGUUUGGACUUGAGUUACAUCAACUUCAAGUAUGCAAAUAUGAAGGGUUGCAAUUUGAAGAACGCGAAUCUGAGCUGGUGCUGUUUGGAAAGGGCGGAUUUAUCCUACGCUACAAUCGAUGGGGCUCAACUGUUGGGCAUUCAAGGAUUAUGCGCGAAUUUGGAAGGCGCUCAAAUGAGAAACUGCAAAUUCGAUGUUCGGCAGGGUAUCAAAACGAAUAUGGAAGGUGUUAAUCUUAAGGGGGCCAACAUGGAAGGCUCGGAUAUGGUAGGAGUCAAUCUUAGGGUUGCUACUUUAAAGAACGCCAACUUGAAGAUGUGCGAUUUGAAAGGAGCCGUUCUUGCUGGUGCAGAUCUAGAGAACUGUGAUCUGUCUGGCAGUGAUCUCCACGAAGCUAACUUGCGUGGUGCUAAUCUGAAAGAUGCCGCUUUCGAGCUUUUACUUACACCUCUGCACAUGUCCCAAACUAUCAGAUAAUCUAAUCAAUCUUAAUGUUUAACUAUCUGUACAUAUAUUUAAAUAAUAAUACUAUUAUAAU